AUGGAUAGAAGUGUAGAUUCCAUCGGUAGUUGCUCGCUUGACGUAGACGCUGAUUCGACCGAUUUUUCAGAUACCUCCGGAGAGCUAAAUUUCUUAACGCCAAUUUCCGGCAAGGACAUUACACGCGAAUUUACGGCCGGCAUCAAGGAGCGUUGUAUGUUACCGGUAAUUAACUGUCAGGCCGUCACGAGCGUUCUGGAUCCGGUAACUGGUCACAUCAGUACCGUGCUGACGACGACCACAGCCCCCAAUUCACAACAGGCGCAGCAGCAACAACCCCUGCUUGGUGGUGACAGUUCGCCAACCGCAGCCACGAACAAGAAACCGAGCUAUCUGAACCUAGCCUGCUGUGUCAAUGGGUACUCCAACCUGACGACAUACGAUUCGAAACUCCGCCAGGACAUUAACAAGUCGCGCGAAGUUUCCCCCAGCCGUCCUAUAAUUGCCACGCUGCAUUACAACCGUACCGACUCCGGAACGGGUGGACAUCUACUGACGGCUCCCACCCUGAGCUACGUUAGCAUGAACAACACCAUCAACAAUAACAACAAUUACAACAGCGGCAGUACAGCAGGAAUCGGUGGUAAUCGAAUGCUCAAAAUGAACGGUGCGGGUGUGGCAAAUGGUGCCGGUGGUGGUAGGAUCCGAGGAUUGAAUGGUUCAAUCAUUUCACCUCCCGGUGGUGCCGAUAUGACUGAUAAUGCGGCCGCAAUCGGUUUGUACAAUGGAAAUGGCAGUUUUGUGAGUAGCAUGCGAACGAAGGUUAUUUCCUCGCAGUCACAAAUCAGCAGUCACGCACGGGACGAUGCUCAAACGCAGUUGAUGACACCGAAGAAGAGUUUCAUUCAGCAACGUGUCGAAAAGUUGUAUGGUGCGAGUGAUGUGGUGGUGCUCAACAAACAGAACUACAGCAGUAGCGAACGAAAGUACCUCAAUAACAUCGCGAAUGAAAACAAUGGUGGAACGCCGUUAAAGAUGGCACAUCAAUCGAUUGGGAAUGGUGCAGCCCGGAACGGUGUAGCAAACGGAGCCGGUGGUCUGCAUGUGACGAAUGGAGCUGGUACCAAUGGUUCUGCGUUUGUUUCUGUGGAUGAAAACAGACAAAUCAACGGCGAAGGACACGUCGGUGAGGAUGCGGAUGUUGAUUCGUUACCAGUGUUGCGACAUCUACGACCAGAGUUUCGCGCACAGUUGCAAAUUUUCUCACCGAAAAAAGUACCGAAAUCGUCUCCAAAUCGUACGGUAACCGGUAGUGGUAAUACACACAUCUCCUUAAACAGCAAUGGCAAUGUGACGCAUGCAAAUGGAAACGCUGCAGAAGAAAAUGCGAAUCUGCUGCUACACAAGGUAUCGAAACGGCAUCAGCAAUCGAAUGGCAAUAGUUACAUCGAUCACUUUGAACAGCUUAGUCUAUCGCGGGAAGAACAGAUGCAAGAUCUCCGCAAGAAUCCGUCCGAUGAUGGUACGCAGCGAUCGGUGAUGAAAACUGCUCAACUAGAUUCACAUACUACACGCUCCACCACUACCAACGGAAAGGGACCGUUGCCGAGCAAUGGGCGGCAUACUGAGCACGAACAGAAGGAAGAUGCGCUGAAAACAAGCAACCGUCACCAUAGUAACACUAGUACGCGCUCCGCAGAGCUAAAGCAUACUGACGCAACAGAGCAGCAUCACGAAACGUCACAGUGCUACCGUUCUGACAGCGUGUCGUCGUCGUCGGUAUCGUCAUCAACGGUGAUAGUAGAGUCGAAGCAGCAACACUCGCUGGUAGUAGUGUCAUCGUCGGUUAACUUUGACGGUAACGGUGUUGGUCGUAUGUCGACUUCCGAUGGCAAUAGCGCCGCCAUUGCCACCGUCACCACAACCGUACCUGACGAGCAGAAUGCGACUACCGUCGCCACGAGUGUGAACGAAAACGGUGAGCAGAACGGUACCGGACUAAGCAACCACAGCAAUAAUAACGCUAGUGAAGGGUUAGCAAACGUACCGGUUGCAGUGUGUACGACGACGGUGGAAAACGGCAUUGUUGAUAAAUCGGGCAGUGGUGAAAUUGUAAAUUGUGAUAGUAACACCCAGCUGGUUACAGUGGACAGUAUGCGCACCGUGAACGGCGGCACCAGUACGACCGCAGUGGAUAGUGCGCCCGUCGUGAAGCUGACGAUGGCCGCAGCGGAAGAGAAUAUGCAAUCAAAUGGCAAACCACCAGCAUCAACGUCCUUAUCCGAAGCAACCACGAAUGGCAGCAACGGCAAUGCUAGCAACAAUAACACCGUUCUAGACGGCAACCAUUUCCUGCGCAUCUUGAAAACCGAACAGAAACGGCUUCGAACAAUGGCUGACGUUUUGGAGGGUGAAAUUAAUCAGUUAAAGGCUGACGGUGUUGUGCUGGGAGAGGACAUAAACGGAUACAUCCUCGCUGCCGUUGGCAAGGCGCGUCUGCUAUGCUCGCAAAAAAUGAAACAAUUUGAAGACUUGUGUUACACAAAUCUGAACCAAUCACCGGACGAAAAGUUCCAAACGACGGGUGAAGAUUUAAGAGGAUUCUGGGACAUGGUGAUGCUACAGGUAAACAACGUUGAUGCCAGCUUUGACGAAAUUGAUUCGUUCCGGAAAAAUGGUUGGAGGAAGCCAAUUCCAAAGAGUCCACCGCUGGCGCAAGCUCGCAAUGGCACAGCACCACCCCGUACAAAGUUGGUGAAGCGUCCGUACAAAACGCAGACAAACGCAUCAAACGGUGGUUCCACCGUGACAGACGGCAGCAACGGUGUCGAAGCCAAAAAGGCGUCCGCCGCGCUGGCGGCUGCGAAACGUGAAGCACAGCGGAAGCAGCUAAUGGAAAUGAAACGUAAGCAGAAGCUGGCCCACAGCCAACAGCAGGCGGCUGUGGAAAUAUUUGCUCCAUCGGGUGAGGAACAGCCAGCACAGAACGGUGAUGACAACACGAACUGCACUACUUCAGUAGUGACCGCAUCUUCGCCGCUGGUCGAUACGAGUUGA